AUGCAAGUGUUUCCUUCAUAUGAUGAAGCACUGGCAUUUUACAGAGAAUAUGCAUGCAAUAGUGGGUUUGAAAUACGAAAGGCAACUACAAAGCAGUCAAAAAAGGGAGAUGGUUAUUCCCGUAGGAGGCUUACAUAUCAUCAGAAACAACUUGUAAAUGAUGUUUCAGAUAUAAAUAUUGGUCCAGUUAGAGCAUUCAAGAUAUUGAAGCAAACACAAGGUAGAUUUGUCAAUGUAGGGGUAACAGAAGUUGAAUGUAAGAAUUUGAAAAGGGAUAUGAUAACAUAUAUUGGUGAGAGUGAUGCGGACAUGGUAAUUGAGAAGCUUACUAAAAAAAAGGAGUAUUUACACGACUUUAAUUUUGAAUAUUGUGUGGAUAGUGAGGAGAAUCUAUGUGGGUUAUUUUGGGCAGAUGAAGAAGCAAAACGUAAUUAUUCUGUAUUUGGAGAUGUUGGAUUCGAUGCUACUUACCGAACAAACAAGUACUUCAUGAUUUUCAUGCCAUUUACUGGUAUCGACAAUCACAAAAAAUGUGUCACUUUUGCUGUUGGCUUACUUGCUAGUGAGUCAAUAGAAUCAUAUAAAUGGUUGUUAAUGGCUUUUAAAAUUACUUUUGGAUGGGAACCAACAAUGUUGAUGACCGAUCAAGACCCGACUAUCAAACAAGCGAUUCCAGCUGUUUUCUCACCAUCAUGUAGGCAUCGAUUGUGUAUGUGGCACAUAUCACAGAAGUUCACCGAUAAGUUGGGUUCACAUAUGUCAAAGACGGGGGUGUUGAAAUGUUUAAACAUUCUGAUAUGGAAUGAACGAAUCAGUGCAAACGAGUUUGAUAUAGAAUGGCAAUCAAUAAUGGAUGAAUACGAUUUAAUAGAUUGCCACUUAUCAGGGUUAAUGCGAACGACAUCAAGAUCGGAAGGUGAGAAUUACUUCUACGGGUUGAUGCCAAAUGCAGAUUUGCACUUAAUUGAGUUUGUCGGUCAUUUUGAAACGGAAAUGGAAGCACAACGUUUUGUUCAACUUAAAAAUAAUCAUGACUCGCGUUACAUGAAUCCUGAAAUUAUAACUAAAUUGCUGAUUGAAGAGGAGGCAUCUCAAACAUUCACACGAACUGUGUUCUUUGAAGUUCAAAUAGAGAUAAUGGCAUCGAUGCUUACAUGCUACUCAAUUAAAGUAGUAGAAUAUGAUGGAAUAACUAAAUUCAGCAUCAAGGAUACUGACAAAGAUGUAAAACAUUUUGGUGAUUUUGAGGUUUCAUUCAUGAAAUCCGAUUACACUGUUAGUUGCUCGUGUUUACGAUUCAAAUUAACUGGGUGUCUAUGUAGACACUGCUUUUAUGUAUUAAGGAUAUCGGUUGUGGAACAUUUCCCUAAAAAAUAUGUUUCAAGAAGAUGGACAAAGGAUGUGGUGCCGAGAUCAGCAAGCGGAUAUAAUACAUGUCAGUUUCCUACAAAUGAUGCAAAUGAAGAUUUUAAAGCAAUGAUCCGGGACAUAGACUUUUCAGUUGAUUAUUGUGUUGAUCGGCUAGUUUCUAAUAUGGAAAAGCUAAAGUUAUAUAGACAGAAAGUAAAGGAGUUGACGAAAGAUGUUGAAGAAGGAACACGAAAUGCACGACCCAUGACGAACAUAGCCUUCAUCGGAUCGGUACUUGGUGUUGAGAAGAGAGAUAAAGUAACGGUUAAAAUUCCAGAAGGAAUCAGAAACAAAGGUAGUGCCCCGAUUAAGAACAGUAUGAUAGGACAAAAAGAGACUGCGAUUGUGAAUGCUAAAAAGGGUUCGAGAAAAUGUGGACGAUGCAGAAAGUAUGUUGAUCAUAAUGCUCGCACUUGCCAACAAAAAGCUAAUGCUUCUACUUCUAAAUAG